CUAAAUUAGUCCCUCUGCUAUACUACAAAGAUUCUGCUUUGACGGAAUACAGUGCUUCCCUUUAUCUCUUGCCCAACAAAGUGCACAAGAAUCUUUGUUGUCAUUAUAGGAGUUGACAAGUAUCUGGAACCAAUCGAGGGGGAGCAAAGCCAUGGACGUGCCGGCGCCGUCCAGCCGUGCUGGAUGCAGUGGAAGCAUCGGCAGCCCUUCGGAUGAUCCGUAUGGCGCCGCGGCCAUGAUGAACUUUGAUGGGUACUCUGAGCUCUGCAGCAGCCCUUCACUAACCGAUCAACUCUUCUCCUUACUGAAUGAUUCGUCUACACACCAGAUGUUCGCUAUGUGGUCAUCCUUAGGAUCAUCGCCUCGUGCAUCUGGUAUCAGUGAAGAUAUGCAGCUCGAUGCCUUUUCCAGUGAACCUGGGCUUCAGAAGACUGAUUUGGUACCGUUGGCGAACCCGGCUGAAACCGCAAGAGUAGCCAAGAGUUCAGGCGAGCUUGGGUCGGCUGGUGUUGUCCAGCAAGGAAGUACUAGCUUGGUUCCGAGGCCUGUUGCUGGUAACUUACUCGCUGAAAGGAUGCUCAUGGCUCUGAAUUUGUUCAGGCAGUCGCUGGGCGGUGGCGUUCUUGCCCAGGUCUGGAUGCCUGUUGAGCAGGAGGGGCAUGUCGUGCUGAGUACAUGUGAGCAGCCGUUUCUGCUUGACCAGGCUCUUGCAGGGUACAGAGAAAUAUCCAGGCAAUUCGUAUUCUCGGCGAAGGAGGAGACUAGCCUGUACCCAGGUGUUCCAGGGAGGGUCUUCAUCUCUGGUGUGCCAGAAUGGACCUCAAAUGUGCUCUACUACAGCAAGCCAGAGUACUUGAGGAUGGAGUAUGCAGUUCGCCAUGACGUACGAGGAUCACUUGCAAUGCCGAUUUAUGACCCCAGCAAGGGCAGUUGCUGUGCUGUGCUUGAGCUUAUCACAAAAAACGAGAAGCCUGAUUUUGAUGCAGAGAUGGAUAACCUUCGGCAAGCAUUGCAGGCUGUGAACUUGAACACUACGAGGGAUUGCAGUAAUGGCAAGUUUUAUUCAGAAAAUCAGAAAGCUGCCUUUACUGAAAUAUUGGAUGUACUAAGAGCUAUUUGCCACGCGCACAUGCUUCCAUUGGCCCUUACAUGGGUUCCUACAUCAGAUGAAAGUCGCGAUGGUCAUAUUGUUGGACAAGAGAAUGUCUUUGCUUCACGGUCAGGAAAAGCGAUGCUCUCGAUCCACAAAUCAGCUUGUUAUGUUAAUGAUGCAAAGAUGCAAGGCUUUUUUCAUGCAUGUGCUGAAAGUCAUCUUGAGAAAGGGCAAGGUAUUGUGGGACGAGCACUCAAGUCCAAUCUCCCGUUCUUCUCACCCAAUAUAAGAGAGUACAGUAUUAAGGAUUACCCACUCGCACACCAUGCUCGUAAGUUUGGUCUGCAUGCUGCUGUAGCAAUUCGGCUAAGGAGCACAUACACUGGUGAUGAUGACUACAUACUAGAAUUCUUUCUCCCUGUCAACUGCACAGGCAGUGAAGAACAACAGUUAUUAUUGAAUAACUUGUCAAGUACAAUGCAAAGAAUAUGCAAAAGCUUGCGAACAGUUUCUGAAGCAGAGGUUGUUAAAGUUGAUGCAUGUACGGGUACGGCAUUAAUGUAUAAGACAACCAGUGGAAAUUGCUUGCCUGCUGGCCACUCUGAAAGUUCUUCACAUUGUGAUCAACCAGUCACAGAAAAGGCAUUUCAGGAUCUAUCUUUGGUCGAUAAGCAAGGGGACACAGCUGAGCAGAUACAGUCUAGUUCAGUGAGACUUGCAGAGAAAAGGCGCAGUACGGCUGAAAAGAAUAUUGGUAUUGAUGUUCUUCGUAAAUACUUCUCUGGAAGUCUGAAGGAUGCUGCGAAGAGCCUUGGUGUUUGUCCAACAACUUUGAAACGGAUAUGCCGGCAACAUGGAAUUUCACGAUGGCCAUCUCGCAAGAUAAACAAGGUCAACCGUUCAUUAAAGAAGAUCCAAACUGUUAUUAACUCAGUCCAUGGGGUUGAGAGCUCUUUGCAGUAUGACCCUGCUUCUGGAUCUCUUGUUCCAGCAGUUUCUCUGCCAGAGAAGAUGCCAUUCCCUUCAUCUGAUGGUUUGUCUAGUCCAUCCGUUGGAAAAUCUGCAGAUGAAAAAUCUGGCCCAAAAUCUGAGCAAGGGUAUUCAUCGCCUGAGGGAUGGGAAAGAGAAAAUUGUCAAUUGCAGCUCCCUGAUGCACAGAAAGGGGAAGGCAAUGAAUUUCACAUGCAGACACGUAACUAUAGUGGCAGUGAUAAUCAGGCUUCUUAUGACGCGAUUGUCACAGAUCAUUUAAAUUCUGAAGGCACACAAGGACCAUUAUAUCCCACUGCUGUUGUCGGUUCUCUGCAUCACAAGGAACCAGGUUACAUCAAUCAUUCUGUCUCUGUCUGCCCAGGCUUCGGGACCAUCGAAGACCAGAUAGCGGGAAGGAACUCACCACCCAUACAGCCGGCAGAUAUUGAUAUGUUUGGUGAUCACGGAGACAGGGAGCAUACUCAUCCUUCUACCUCUGGCAUGACAGACUCUUCGAGCGGCAGUGCAUCAAGCCACCCUACUUUCAAGAAGAACCCAUCACAUUCGCUGAAAGACAAGAGCAGUCCUGCGCUUACAGUUAAGGGUACCUACAAUGGGGACACCGUGCGGUUCAAGUUUAUGCCAUCGCUGGGCUGGUAUCACCUGCUGGAUGAAAUAGCCAAGAGGUUCAAGCUGUCAACUGGGGUAUUCCAGCUCAAGUACAAGGACGAUGAGGACGAGUGGGUCAUCAUGGCGAAUGAGUCUGAUCUCCAGGAGUGCGUGGACGUCAUGGAUUCAAUGGGCACACGCAACGUGAAGCUCCAGGUGCGGGACCUCCCUUGCCUGAUCAGCAGCUCAGGUAGCAGCACUUGUUUGCAGCUGGAAGGACAGAAUUCAUGACAUGGUGAGGAAGCUUUACUUUUGCGGAUCUUGUUGCCCCCCCUCAACUGUACCAUGUUGCAGUAGGCGUAGUCUAUGUUGUAGCGGUAGGGUUUGGUAUUUUGUACGCGCGUAGCGUGUAAUGUAGCGAUAAUGUGGGAAGUCCUGAACAGGAAGUGUAGCGAUCGCCGCACAGACAUUGUGCCUGCCCCGAAACAAUGCCGUAGAGGUCCUGAUAGUUUGUCUUGGCAAUGAUGUGUUGCCAUGAUAUUCUACGGUCCCUGUAGGCUACUAUGGAACAAAAGCUCCUGCCUGUGUUAUGAUGCUGGAGAAAACCAGUGUUUCUGAACUUCCUGCGGAUCCAAAUUAUCUUUCCGAUGUUGGUUGUUCGGGACACAUGAAAGUGCUACUUAGAUUGGAUGAUUUCUGUGAAAUGCAUACGCGAAAUUUCAGCUUUC